AUGAGAGUAACAGGACCUGAUUCUUGUGAAUUCGAUAAUCCCUCCUUACCUUUAGUAGAAUUAGAACCGUAUGCUCGUGUAAAUCGUGAAUCUACGAAACUAUGUAAACGAUAUCUGAAACGAGACUACUCUGGGAAAAGUAUUUACCAACCAGACUCCAAUAAUCCGACUCGUUGGAAAUAUGAAAGACCUUUAGAAACAAUUCGUGCAUGGAACAACGUUAUUGAUGGAAGAAAGCCUGACCAAAAUACCCAUGCAGCACGAUUGUCAAAUUUAAAACCGAGUUCUUCUUUAAAAGACCGUUAUCCAACUAUAAAGAAGCAACAAGACACCUCGAUUUUAGCAAGCCAACGUUCUUCUGCUAAAAGCAUUUUGAGACCCUUGAGUACGGUACCUUCUGUUGAAGCAUCUAUCGACGAACGAGACAGUUGUCCGGAAAUACCAGUGCUGAUGGAAAAGAAACAGGAGGGCGAGCCAACAGCUGGCUCAAACUCUAUUUCUUCCGACAUGCUAUGUGCAGCGGCUAGCAAUGGUUACUUUCGUAAACCAGCCGUCUUAAAUCAAUCCUUGGUGUCUUUAAACUCCGUUGCAUCGCCUUCACACAAGCAUGAGCUAAAACAUAAACUAAAACAGUUUGUUCAAAAUGUUUUAAACUAA